AGAGCUGAGGUAUAAAUGAAGCUGCUUAACAGUGCACCCCCUUUCACUCCACUUGAAGAUAGGCGAGACCACUUUAUCAUCAGAAUCACUGUUGUCAACGGAAACAAAGAUAUGGUGACAAUCAAGGCCAUGGUGAUAGUGAUCACACUCACUAUUUGUCUGACUGCAAACACUUCUGACGGUUAUCGUUACUGCUGUCGAAGGUAUAUGAUAGGCCGAUUACGAGAUUUUGAAAUCAAGGGGUACUCAGUCCAGACUAUUAAGGAGAUGUGUCCCAUCGAUGCCAUCAUUUUCCACACAAAGAAGGGGAAAGCAUGCACCAAUCCAGCUCUGAAGUGGGUGAUGGACGCUGUUGAUCGUUUAAGGACUAAAGCGCAGAAGGUCCACCAGAACAACUCACAGUAGCAGAAAUAGAGGAUCAUCUAAGCUGUUUAAGGAUGCCAGCAACAGCAAACUGUUUUCUAUGUGAGCUUUGCAGCCUGCAGCGUGCAGCCAGCAACCAGCAAUGCAUCACCAGUUUUAAAUCCAGUGAACUCCAGCUUGAAAAGCCUGCUGUAAAUGGCAAAUGUGUUGUUCAACAAUGCAUAUCUCAGCCUAGUUGUAAGAGCUUGUAUCAUAUUAUGUCUUUAUCCUCUUUGUAAAUAUUGUUUUUUGCUUUUGUACGUUUAUAAAAUAUUUUAUAAAAAGAGUCAUUUGUUUUAUUAAUGGUUUUGUAGUUUCAUCUAAUAAUUCAAAUAAAAUGAGUACCUGUUCCAAG